AUGGAUUUGGAUUCUCUGAAAUAUGCGGAUCUGCGCAGCCUAGCUAAGCAGCUAGGUCUGAAGGGUAAUAUGAAGGCCUCCAAGUUAUUAAAUGCCAUUAAGAAGCAUUAUGAGCAACAAAAGGACUCCGAAAAAGAAAAGGUAGAGGAGAUAGAGACCAACAUCACCACUGAGAUGCAGGCUGAAGAUUCAAGUAAGGUUUCUGCAACCCCGGUGUUUGUGAAUACACGUCGAGGCAAAGUGAAAAACAAGAGUAAAAGAUCUGAAUCUGAUGUCAAAUGGGAUGAUGAGGCGGUCAGUGAAAUGGUCCCACUAGUCCACACCCACAAGAAGAGACGAGUGUCUCCUCGGUCCAAGACUGAGAAGAAGGAAGACAAUGAGCCUCUUGUCAAAUCUUCAAACAAGGAUGAAGCAGGCACUGUUCCCUGUGUGGCCAAAGCUGGUAAAAUCCCUCGUUACAUCGGGAAGCAGGAGAAGAGGACUGCUUUGAAACCAGUCACUCCCAACUUCCAAAAACUCCACAAGGCCCAUUUUGACAAGAUGGAGUCCAUUGACGCCUACCUGCAGAGGAAGAACAACAACAAAAAGAUGGGACCUGUCCAAGAGGGCAAAGUGACAAAGACCAGUCGCGUGGCCUUGUUCUCCCCUGCACCCUACAGGAGAAAAAAUGAAGCAGAUUCCCAAAACAAGAUGGCUGACAAAAGCAAAGAGGCUGUGUUCAAUCCCACGGUGCUUUCCACAAGAAGGAUCAACGUCAGGUUCUCUGAGGCGAUGCCAGACAACGAAUACAAGAGGUCGCUCGUGAAGACACCCGCACGCAUGUCGCAGGCUCUAGCCACGAGCACGCCCAAUAAGCCUGCGGCUGAGGGAAGGAAAUCUGCAUUAUCGACCACCACACCUUCAGCAGCAUUUGUCUUCACUGGCAACACAAGUGUCACACCGGGAACGCAGAAGAAAGCAGUUUUCGACCUGAAGGCCAGCCUGGCCCGCCCGCUCAGCUACAAGCCUCAUACGGGCAAGCUGAAGCCGUUGGGUGACGACAAAGACAAAAAAGCCAUCAACAGUGCUUUGCUUAUUGAAUCGCGAAAGAAAAACUACAAACAGCACAGAGUACAGACCAGGGAGGAGAGACUGCUCAAACAAGCAGAAGAGCGGCAAGCCAAGAAGUCCAAUUUACUGUUCGCACGACGAGGCCUGGUGAUGAAUUAA